GAAGAAGAAGAAGAAGAAGAAGAAGAAGAAGAAGAAGGAAAAGUAAAAGGGAAAAAAGAGAAUAAAAAAAAAAGAAAAGAAAAGAAGGAGUUAAAAGAGAUAUGAGAAAGGAAUGAGAAAGUGUUGUAUAGUGGUAAGGCGAACGAAAAGGAUCAGGAAAGAAGAGUCGAGUUAAAGGAAAAUAAAGGAUAAAAGAUAAAAAAAGAAGUAAGGAUUUGAUAUAAAGAGGAAGCGAGGAAGAGACAUAAGCGAGAUAGAGAUAGAAAUAGAGAUAUAGAGAUAGAGAAAGACAAAGACAAAGAGAGAGAGAGAGAGAGAGAGAGAGAGAGAAACAGAGAAAGCCGAUUCUAGUUCUCUUCUCUUCGAACUUGCACGAGCUUAUCCGUAGGAAGAUAUAGAGCCCAGAGAAUCGGUUUACGAUAGAAGGAUUCCUCGGGAAGAGAUCGAAGCCGAUUAACGCGAUCGCCUGUAAUUAGCGAUCGUAAAAGCUCCAGUGGGCUGUUCCCAAUCUGCUUUCGUGACCGAUCGUUUCCUACGAGAAGAAGGAAGAAGGGUGGCCAAGAAGGGAGGAAUAGUUCGUAGUUCAGGAGUGGGGGGAGGGGAAGAAGGAGAAGCGAAAAAAAGGGAAAGAGACGAGAAAGAAAGAGGAAGAAAGAAAUAAAAGAAGCAAAGUGAAUUUGGAGUUGGAAAGGUGAGAUCCAUCCCAUCUCAUUCGAUCCGAUCCGAUCCGAUUCGAUUCGAUUCGAUCGAAGUUAGAAGAAGGAGGAAGCCCAUUUUGCAAAACCCUUUUCUAACGACUUACAAACGUCUUCAGCAUUGACCUUUAACCCCACCGUCGCCACUGUCCGUCCCGCGAAUCGAACGAUCGGUGGUUUCAAACGCGAACUUCGAAAAGAUGCAUUCGCAUAAGAAAAAGUGAGAACUCCGUUCUGUGUGCCCUUUUUUUUCUUCUUUGUCUCUCUCUCUCUCUCUCUCUUUUUUUUUUCCUUCCAUCCUUUAUUUUUUUUCUUAUCUUUCUUUCCAUCGAUUCCCGCGAAGCGACGCGACGCGACGCGAAGCGACGAUUAUAGUUCACUCUAAUUCGUUCCUCGGCAUUCUUUGUCAUCGUGAUAUUCAUCGUCAAGAAAAGGGCUUGCCGAUCGAGGAAGAACAAAGAUGUGCCCAACCCGUUCUCUACUACUUUUCUGCGUCCUCGGUGUCUUCCUGAUUAUAAACGAAUCCGAGGCAAGCUGGGAGGAAUGGUGGACCUACGAUGGUAUUUCGGGACCAUCGUUUUGGGGUCUGAUCAAUCCGCAAUGGUCCCUGUGCAGCAAAGGAAGACGACAAAGUCCCAUCAAUAUCGAGCCCGACAAGCUGCUUUUUGACCCCCACUUGAGACCGGUGCAUGUCGAUAAGCACAAGGUUUCCGGACACUUGCACAACACCGGCCAGUUUCUGGUCUUCCGAGCGGACAAAGAGGCCAAAGUAAGAGUCAAUAUAACGGGUGGUCCCUUAGCUUACCAUUAUCAAUUCGAAGAGAUCUAUAUUCAUUACGGAUUGGACGAUAAUCAUGGCUCCGAACAUCGCGUCGACGAUUAUGCUUUUCCAGCCGAAAUACAGGUGUACGGAUUUAACGCCGAGCUCUAUCAUAACAUCAGCGAGGCGCAACACAAGAGUCAAGGAUUAGUCGCAAUUUCGCUAAUGGUCCAGCUCGGUGAAACGUUAAAUCCGGAACUACGUAUUAUCACGAGCGUAUUUAGCAAGGUUCUUCACAGAGGCGAUACGGCACAGGUGAGCUAUCUGUCCUUGAGAAGUCUACUUCCGGAUACGAAUGGUUACAUGACCUACGAAGGCAGUACAACGCAUCCAGGAUGUUGGGAAACUGCAGUUUGGCUGAUCCUUAACAAACCUAUUUACAUUACCGCGCAAGAGUUGUAUGCCCUGAGGAAACUCAUGCAGGGUCCCGCCAGCGCCCCGAAGGCACCCCUCGGUAAUAAUUCCAGACCCUUGCAAGACCUUCAUCAUAGGACUAUACGAACGAACAUCAAUUUCCGCAAGAGACCAGACGCAAAAUGUCCGACGAUGGCGCAGGAUAUGCAUUAUAGAGAUGACUUUUUCUUUCCAGCCAAUGCUUGGCGAGACGACAGAUCCUUGUCUCACAACGUCGUUUGAGUUGUUCGUACGAUCACGCGCUUUCGACGGGACACCUUUUCUUUUCCAAGGAGGUGGCGUAGAUGGAGACGAAGGCGGAAACGGAGACGGAGACGAAGACGAAGACGGAGAGGGAGGAGAAGGAGGAGAAGGAGGAGG